CUCCGUAGGCCUCUUCUCUCUCUCUCUCUCUCUCUCUCGGUGCGUGUGGGCUCAAACAACAACGCCGAGUCUCGCUCUUCUCCUUUCUCUUUAUAGCCGUGACAGGUCCAGUGGAUCUUUAGUUGCAGGAGGAGGAAGAAGACGAAGACGAAGACGAGAGGGAGGGAGAUGUGUCUGGUGUUGCUGUGCAGCGAGGAGGAGAAGGUGCUGGGGACGCAGCAGGCGCCGGGGAGCUGCCCUCACUGCGGCGGCGCGGUGAUGGCCACCGACGUGGAGAGCGCGCGGCGGCUCUGCUUCCUCCCCCUCUCCCGCAGUGUCAAGCGCAAGUACUCCUGCACCCACUGUUCCCGCCGCCUCGUCGCCUACCCUUAGCCUGCCGCCACCAACCUCUGUAAAAUAAGAUAUCAUCUUUGCCUCGGAAUUCAUAGUUUCAUGCUCUCUCCAUCUUGGAUUUUGUAUACGGUUUUGGAAACUGUUGGUGGUUGCUUCUCUGUCUCUCUCGAAGAAGAGAGAAAAAGGAGCAUAUUCGAUGUAAUAUCUUUGGUAAUCGCAGUGAAAUCUAAUGAUUUUAGUGGCCCCAAA